CUUGUAUAAUUAAUCAUAUUGCCUUUUCUUCUUCUAGCCUCCAGAGAACAACAACGAAGAAUAGGGUUUUCCUUAGACUCUCUCCUCUUUCAAGCUCUCGCCGGAUCAAGCUCUCGUCGGAGCAAUCUCUCGCGGCGCCGGAUCAAUCCCUCACCGGAUCGAUCUCUUACCGGAGUAUAGCAUGAAGUUUACUUAUGCUUAUGUCGGAGUUCCCGGGAGAGCCCAUGACACUAAAGUGCUAACACAUUGUGCUAUAAAAGAAGCUUCUUUUCCCCAUCCGCCUUUAGGAAAAUAUUACUUAGUGGACUCAGGUUAUCCAUCCAGAAGUGGUUAUCUAGGACCUCAUCGCAGAACUAGAUAUCAUUUAGAUCAGUUCAACAGAGGAGGACCACCGACAAACAGUCGGGAACUGUUUAACCGUAAGCAUUCCGGUCUGAGAUCAAUAAUUGAGCGGACGUUUGGUGUCUGGAAAGCCAAAUGGAGAAUUCUUGAUAGGAAGCAUCCUAAGUACAAGUUGAAGAAAUGGAUUAAGAUUGUGACAGCAACAAUGGCUCUCCAUAAUUUUAUCAGAGAUUCACAAGAGGAAGACAGAGAUUUUGUUCACUGGGAAGUGGUGGAAUCCUAUGAACAACAUGGUGAUGAAAACUAUGGACAUGAACAUGUUCCAUACGUACCUACUGGUGAUAGAGUGAUGGAAGCUAUGCGAGAUUCUAUCACUACUGAGAUGGCAGAAGGAACUAGACUUCCAUAUUGAGAUGACAUGAGAUUGAAGAUUUCUUUUGAAUUUAUCUUUUUCAUGUUUUAAUAUUGUGGACAUUUUAGUUUGAGAGAUCUACAUUGUAAAAGUAUUUUGGAGUUACAUUUAGUAUUUAAAUUGAGAUUUUGUAGUUUUUGUUUGCUA